AUGUCUCUUUUGAUCGGGAAAGGCGAUACCAUCUAUGUACGUGACGUGGAGCUGGAUAAUGAACCGAUAAUCGUCGAAUGGCAGCAGUGGUUUGUUGACCGCACCGAAAGCUAUAUCCCAGCUCAGUACCGUGGUAGUGAUGGCACGAACCCUGGCAAGUCCCCCGAUCGACACGAUCGCUCCAAAGACAUGUACACCGUACGAAUCAAUCGCGACUUCCUAUACGGCCAGAACAAGGAACAGACAAAGCGCUUUCUAGUACUUCACAAUAAAGACAACGAACCAAAUCAAUGUCGUUUUGUGCAAAGCGCCAUUUUAGCGGCGGGAAACGAGGCCGCAAAGGUCGCUCGCAGCAUGGGUUUUGAUGGCGGCGUGGACAUCGUCAAAUUUGGAGAGAAAUACUUCGGCGAUAAAUUACGAGAGUUUUAA